GAACAAGGAAUGACAUCAUUGUUCACUAAAAAAAAGUUAGAACAAGAACUGAUAACUCGGUUGUAAAUAUAUAUUUAAUAGUGACUAAACUUUAUUCCAUUUAAAGCUUUAUUAAAUUGUCAAUUUAAGUGUUAUGGAAGCUUAAAACAGAGGAAUAAAAAAGGCAACGAAAUGGUUGUUUCACCGCAAAGCCCUGCUAGCGAAACCCAAAGCGUUCAAGUAAAAAAAAUCAAUAUGGCGUCCAAACAAACUUCAGUGGCGGACACCAGAGCUGAAUUAGCUGAAUUAGUAAAGAGAAAAGCAGAGGUCGCUGAAACUUUGGCCAAUUUGGAGCGCCAAAUAUAUGCUUUUGAAGGUUCAUAUUUGGAAGAUACACAACUCUAUGGAAAUAUUAUACGAGGUUGGGAUAGAUACCUAGCAACUAACAAAAGUACAAACUCUAAGGCAGACAAAAGAAAUAGAAAAUUUAAAGAAGCAGAGAGACUCUUUUCAAAGUCUUCCAUUACAUCGAUGGCUGCUGUCAGUGGUCUCGUAGAUCCCGCUGAGGCAAAAAAUGAAAGAAAUAGUGAAACUGAAUCUCAAACAAAUGAAGACUCAUCUGAUACACAAAUUAGUACUGGCAUGAUUGGUAAUUUAAAUCAUACUACAAUUCACGGCUCAACAGAAAGUAUUGCAUCUAAACCUUCAGGCAAACAACACACUAAUGGUGGCAUUGAAAAGAGCCUCAACAGUGCACUGACUAAGCAAAGUAUGUCACAGAAAAUUGCUACCUCAUCUAACGUACUUCAAAAAACUUUUGGAAAUGACAAUAAAAUGCUAUCAGCUGUGGGUCUAGAUAGCAGACCAAGCACACCAAAAGAUAAAGAUAGUGGAAUUGGUUUAUUAAAUAAGGGUGAUACAACACCUAACUCCUUAAAACAUAAAUUAUCAAAUAGUAGUAAUAACAGUAACAUAAAAAAGAACAAUAAUAAAAAAGCAAGACAUAGAUAGUCUAAUUAAAUGUUAAUACAUUUUCAAGUGUACAAGUUACUUACUAUCCAGAGGUUUUACUGUGCCUUUGGAUACUUUAAAUGUUUUCAUUCAAUGAAUGGACAAAUAAAAGUACUGUAACAUUUUA